CUCAAAAACCUGUAUUUAGGGGCUUCUGUUCCUCACAGCACUUUCUUUUCUUCUUAACACCACCACCUUUUCAUUUCUCCAGUCCAAGCUUUUCUCUUCGUGUCUUCCUCUCUUUUUCUCUUCCUUUAGGCACUUUCUUGCUUUCACUCUCUUCUUUCUUAGGGCUUUGAAUUGCUUUUUAGUGUGGGUUUUCUUCGUUUUCUUCUUGUUGCAAGGAUUGGUGACCUUUUAGAAGUACAAACUUGAAAGUUCGUGAAGCUUUUAGGUCUAUGACUAUUAGUUCUAAUAUUCAAGGUUUUCAAAGAUUUUUGUGGUUUGGGUGUUGAAUUGGCCUCUAGGGAGUUUCUUUUUCUCUUUUUUUCUUAGAAUGGAAAACAUUUCUAGCUUUAGAAAGGAAGAUGAGCAAAUGGAAUUGCCUCCAGGAUUUCGAUUCCACCCUACUGAUGAAGAGUUGAUAACUCACUAUCUUUCCCAAAAGGUCCUGAAUAGCUGUUUCUGUGCUAUAGCUAUUGGUGAGGUUGAUUUGAACAAGUGUGAGCCUUGGGAUUUGCCUUGGAAAGCCAAAAUGGGUGAAAAAGAAUGGUAUUUUUUCUGUGUUAGAGACAGAAAGUACCCUACUGGUUUGAGAACAAACAGGGCUACCGAAGCCGGUUAUUGGAAAGCAACAGGCAAAGAUAAAGAGAUUUUCAAGGCUAAAACACUUGUUGGAAUGAAGAAAACUUUGGUUUUCUAUAGAGGGAGAGCACCAAAAGGAGAGAAAACCAAUUGGGUCAUGCACGAAUAUCGUUUAGAAGGAAAAUAUUCAAUAUACAAUCUCCCCAAAACAGCCAAGAACGAGUGGGUUAUCUGUAGAGUAUUCCAAAAGAGUCCUGGUGGCAAAAAAACACAUAUUUCAGGAUUUUCAAGGUUGAGUUCCUACGGGAACGAUUUGCCUCCUUCAGUAUUGCCUCCAUUAAUGGAUUCUUCACCACACAACAGCGAAACAAGAACUGGUGCUGGCGAGACAUCUCACGUGACCUGCUUCUCCGAUCCCAUGGAGGACCAGAAAACACCGGAGGAAAUUAUUGAUAGCUUCAACACUUCUCUUUUAGCUUCUUCAUCUUCCUCUGAUAUAUCCCCUACUUCAAUUCUUUUGUCAAAAACCUUCCUGCCAAGCUCUGCAUACACCAACCAAAUUAUUCCAAACAUUGGGAACUUGCAAUACUCAGAUUCUUUUUGGAUGCAAGACCAGUCCAUAUUGAAAAUGUUACUUGAAAGUCCUAGAGUGAACUCGAGGCAGAAUUCGAAAGCUGAGUUCUCCCAGGAUUCAGUCGUAUCGAACCCUGAAAUGAUUCAAGAUCCUUCAUGUUCUGCAGGACCAGCAGACCUUGGUUGCCUUUGGAGUUAUAAGAUUUGAAAGAUUGAAAAAUCUAAACAAGAGUUAAAAAAGAACUAAGAGUUUCAAGAAUAUUGUCACGAAAUUUAUGUGUGUAUAGGUUGUUUGCUUCACCAUAGUAGGAAAGCAAAGAAAAUGCAUGUCCUGUAAGUAGUUAUACUUUUGAUCGCCAAUUCACUAUUAUGUCAUGGCUUCUUUACCGUCAAAUUUCUUUUAUGACAAAAAUAUUGUAAUUCUAGCCAUGUAAAAUAUAGUGCAUAAGCUUGAUUUAUUUAUUUCGAAUGUGUUGAAAAAAUUUUAACA